AUGCCUGGGACUCUUGUUGGCUCACGGCCUCAGGAGCUGUCGUCUGAGCGGGACAAGAUGGACUCUUCUCCCCGUCGAGAUCUCUUUUUGAUCGCGAAUGACGAUGCUGUCUAUGAACAGGACAUCCUCCGGGACCCGGGAAGCAUCAAGCCGUGGCUAUCAUAUAUCGAACACAAGAAGAAGAAUGGAACACUCUACGAGCAGUCUUUUUAUCUUGAACUUCGAAUCAACCAUAUUCAUGGGAGAAACCCUUCCACCCAUCAAGCCGAAUACAACAAGGUCAACGCGCUUUUCGAACGAGCAGUUGUCUUACUGAACAAAAUGCCACGCAUUUGGGAAAUGUAUCUCAACUUUUUACUUGAGCAACCACUAAUAACUCAGACCCGGCGGACGUUUGAUCGUGCUCUUCGUGCGCUUCCUAUCACGCAACAUAAUCGUUUAUGGAAAAUUUACAAGUCCUUUGCUAUCUCGGCAUCCGGUGAUACGGCAGUUAAGGUUUGGAAUCGAUAUAUGCAAAUCCAUCCUGAAGAUGCCGAAGAUUACAUCUCGAUUUUGGUCCAAAUGAACCAAUACAAUGAGGCAAUUAAAUGGUACAUCCGGAUUCUAGAUGAUCCUCGGUUUCAAUCAAAGAAAGGGUUAAGUCACUUUCAGCUCUGGACUGAGAUGGUUGAGUUGCUUGUCAACAAAGCGAAAGAAAUUGAAACUGGGCCUCAUAUAGGCAUCAAUGUCGACCUGAUAAUUCGAAGCGGUGUUGAGAAAUUUCCUGACCAGCGGGGUAGGUUAUGGGCCGGUUUGGCUACAUACUGGAUAACGAAAGGAAAUUUCGAAAAGGCCCGUGAUGUCUUUGAAGAAGGAAUAACCACGGUCAUGACUAUCCGAGAUUUCACUAUGAUAUUUGAUUCUUAUGUCGAAUUUGAAGAGUCAAUCAUUGGUGCCCUCAUGGAGAAAGCCGCUGCUCGAUCGGAGAACAGCAAGGUAGAUGAGGCUGCUGAUUUCGACCUGGACCUACGCAUGAUGAGGUUCGAACAGCUCAUGGAUCGUCGACCCUUUCUUGUUAAUGAUGUCCUUCUAAGACAAAAUCCUAACAAUGUUAUUGAAUGGGAAAAGCGAGUGGUUCUAUGGGGUGAUAACAAAACAGAGGUUGUGCGUACCUAUACUGAUGCAAUCGCUACUAUUAACCCUAAGAAGGCACAUGGAAAAUUUUAUGAGCUCUGGGUCAACUAUGCCAAAUUCUACGAGCAAGGCGGGGAUCUCGACACAGCCAGAGUAAUCAUGGAUAAGGCUGUCAAGGUGCCUUUCAAAACUGUCUCAGAGCUUGCUGAGGUUUGGUGUGAAUGGGCCGAAAUGGAGUUACGAAAUGAGAACUUUGACCGCGCUGUUGACAUCAUGGCAAAGGCAACCCAGGCACCCAAGCGAUCUACCGUUGACUACUUUGAUGAAACUCUCUCUCCACAACAGCGCAUUCACAAAAGCUGGAAGUUAUGGAGUUUCUAUGUUGACCUGGUUGAAAGUGUACGAAGUCUCGAAGAAACUACACAAGUAUACGAACGAAUUUUUGAGCUACGUAUCGCUACUCCCCAAACGGUUGUUAACUAUGCCAAUCUUUUGGAGGAGCAUAAGUAUUUUGAAGAUUCCUUCAAGAUAUACGAACGGGGCCUUGACCUUUUUAAUUAUCCGGUUGCUUUCGAACUUUGGAACCUGUACCUGACGAAGGCUGUGGACCGCAAGAUCGGCAUUGAGCGACUACGAGACUUGUUUGAGCAAGCUGUGGAUGGAUGCCCGCCUAAAUUUGCGAAAGUUCUGUACCUCAUGUAUGGGAACCUUGAAGAGGAGCGAGGAUUGGCACGCCAUGCAAUGAGAAUAUACGAGCGCGCUACUCGCGCUGUCUCUGAUGAGGAUCGAUCUGAGAUGUUCAACUUCUACAUCACCAAGUCUGCUUCCAACUUUGGACUUACGUCUACUCGGCCCAUCUAUGAGAGAGCCAUUGCGGCUUUACCUGACAAAGAAGCCAAGGACAUGUGUCUUAAAUUUGCUGAGAUGGAGCGCAGGUUGGGCGAGAUUGAUCGCGCAAGAGCCAUCUAUGGACAUGCUUCUCAAUUCUGCGAUCCUCGGACCAAUGCUGAGUUCUGGCAAAAAUGGGAAGCGUUUGAGGUUCAACAUGGUAACGAGGAUACUUUUAAGGAGAUGCUUCGUAUUAAACGAAGUGUACAGGCACAGUACAAUACCGAUGUCAACUUUAUCGCUUCUCAGGCAAUUGCUCGCAGUAAGCAGAUCACGAAAGACACUAUAAGCGAAGCUGCCGGCCAGGGAGAAGGAGCAGCCGAUGCUAUGGCAGCGUUAGAACGUCAAGCACAGGCGCCAAUAGGCUUCGUUGCAGCCAGUACAGGCCCAGAAGGCGGUAACCGGACGGCAGAACCUGCUGUCCCUGCUGCGAAUCCCGAUGCAAUUGACAUUGACGACGAGAUAUAA